GCACCGUUCGCUCAUAGGUUAAACAGGUUAGCCAUAUGUGAUUGUGGAAGGGGGAACAUGUCUUAUGGUGGGCUCUGGAUUCUUUCUAUUGGCGCUCUUAGAACGCUCGGCUGCCCUGUUUUGCAUCUUACGGGGAGGGUAGAGGUCUUUUGAUUCCUCCCCCCCUCCCUCUGCUUCCAGCAGGUCCACUUAAGCUCAGGCGUAGCACGUUGAUGCUAUAUAGAAGAGUCAAGAUUAGGGUUGCCCUCAUGCCCUUUUGUUUGUGAAAUCUUAUUUUCAGUGAUUCACAGUUAAAUGAAUGAACAUGCUCUCAGCUUUCUUUUCUCCUCGCUUGGAGAGAUUAAACUUGAUUUUUUUUCUUCUUGUUUUCAACAAGGGACUGAUCGACUUGUUAGUAGAUAUCCCCUUUAUUAUCUAUGUGUGUUCCGAUUCUUCGAUCUUACAGAUUAUAUCGUCAUACCAUUAGACUGUUCAUAUGCUCAAGUGCAUUAUUUUGUCCUUCCUUUCUAA